UUUUUCCGCAGCGUCAAGUUGGUGUACGCGGCGAGCUUUAUAGCAACCGUUGCCCUGAGCUGCAGCGCCAUAGUCACCGUAGUCCUGGCGACUGUAACCCACCAACAAUAACAACAACAACCUCCUCCUGUCCGCUCCAUCCUUACCACCACCUUCCGACCAUCCUCAUCCUCAUCCUCACACCGAUCCAGGCGCCAUGCAGACCCCAGAGGCAGGCGCUGACUCCACCGUGUCCACCGUGCCCCUCCAGACCAGCGUGCCUGUGCAGCCUGCGGUCAGUGGCCAGCAGGUGGCGUCUCAGGUGCCCGUCCAGCAGCAGGCGCAGACUGUUCAACAGGUCCAGCAUGUGUAUCAAGCACAGGUUCAGUAUGUGCAGGAGGAAAACAACAGCGUUUACACCAACGGAACCAUACGGGCGUACUCGUACUCGGAGCCACAGCUCUACAACCAGAACAGCAGCGGGAACUACUUCGACACGCAGGGCGGCGGAGGCAGCGCGGCACAGGUCAGCACCGUAGUGUCCACUCACAGCAUGGCCAACAACGGCAACGGCACCGGCGCUCUGGCUAUGGGGCUCACCGGAGGCCAGAUCAUCAGCAGCUCAGGAGCUUAUCUGAUUGGAGGAAACUCCAUGGAUGGCUCCGCCCCUCACGGCGCCGCACAGACCACCAGAGCCUCCCCUGCUACGAUUGAAAUGGCGAUUGAGACGCUCCAAAAGUCUGAAGGUUUAUCCAGUCAGAGAAGUUCGCUGCUCAACAGCCAUCUGCAGUGGCUGCUGGAUAAUUACGAGACAGCAGAGGGCGUGAGUCUGCCGCGCUCCACCCUCUACAAUCACUACCUGCGCCACUGUCAGGAGCAGAAGCUGGACCCUGUCAAUGCUGCGUCCUUCGGGAAGCUCAUCCGCUCCAUCUUCAUGGGGCUGCGCACACGCCGCCUGGGGACACGAGGGAACUCAAAGUAUCAUUAUUACGGGAUUCGUGUGAAGCCGGACUCUCCUCUGAACCGCUUGCAGGAGGACAUGCAGUACAUGGCACUGAGACAGCAGCCCGUCCAGCAGAAGCAGAGAUUUAAGCCUGUGCAGAAGAUGGACGGAGUUUCGGGAGAUAACUUCAGCAGCGCUGGACAGCACACACCCAAUGCUGCAGAGCAGACCUUCAUCGCUCAGAGCCAACAUCAUCAGCAGUUCCUGGAUGGCUCCAGAGCUCUGCCGGAGUUUGUUGAACUGGAUCUUGGAGAGGCAGUGGACGGCGUCGGCCCAGAGGAUGUCAAAGCCCUUCAGACGCUCUACAGAGAACACUGCGAGGCCAUCCUGGAUGUAGUGGUGAACCUGCAGUUCAAUCUGAUCGAGAACCUGUGGCAGACGUUCUGGCGCUAUUCUGCCUCCAGCUCUGUAGAGGGCGUCACAAUCACAGAAAACAGUGGUUUGAGUGAGAUCGAGGGCCGUCUGCCGCGGGCCAGGCUGAUUCUGCUGUGCCGACAUGAGGCCGUGCACAAGUGGAUGAACACCUGCGAUCACCUGAUGUACCAGGCCCUCGUGGAGAUCCUCAUCCCGGACGUCCUGAGACCCAUUCCUAGUGCCUUGACUCAAGCCAUCCGUAACUUUGCCAAAAGCCUUGAGGGCUGGCUCACCAAUGCCAUGAGCAGCAUUCCCCCGAGGAUGAUCAAUACCAAGGUUUCCGCUGUUAGUGCCUUCGCUCAGACCCUCCGCAGAUACACGUCCCUGAAUCAUCUGGCGCAGGCGGCUCGCGCAGUCCUGCAGAACACCUCGCAGAUCAACCAGAUGCUCAGCGAUCUCAACCGGGUCGACUUCGCCAAUGUGCAGGAGCAGGCCUCAUGGGUGUGCCAGUGUGAAGAGGGUGUCGUCCAGCGCCUCGAGCAGGAUUUUAAGGCCACCCUGCAGCAGCAGAGCUCACUGGAGCAGUGGGCCGCCUGGCUGGAUAACGUGGUCACCCAGAUACUGAAGCCGUACGAGGACAAGCCCACCCUGCCCAAAGCUGCACGCCAGUUCCUGCUCAAGUGGUCCUUCUACAGCUCUAUGGUCAUCAGAGAUCUGACCCUCCGCAGCGCUGCCAGCUUCGGCUCGUUCCACCUGAUCCGGCUGCUGUACGACGAGUACAUGUUCUACCUGGUGGAGCAUCGCGUCGCCCAGGCAACAGGAGAGACGGCCAUCGGAGUCAUGGGCGAGUUUCAGGACCUGAACACCAUGUCACCUGCCAACAUCGACAAAGAUGAGGUGAGCGAGAUGGACAGCGAUCUGGACGAGGAGAUGGAGGAGGCGGACGAGCCACUGGCCAAGCGGGAGAAGGUGGAGGCGGACGUGAUCCAGGUGCUGCAGGUAGGGGCGAUGGAGGAUGGCAGCAGCGCGGUGGUGGGCAUCGUCCAGCCGAGCAUGAUCAACUCUCUGCCCCCGACCACCAACAAUCACAGCGAACACAUCCUCAGCACCGGAACCAGCACUAUCCGCCAUGUGGGAAACACCUACGCCUCCGUCUAAACAUCUGCAGCACCACUACCAUCUCCACCAACCCGCAACACAUCCCUUUUCAUCACAGAAUCUACACGUGAUGCUUCGUCCAAUGGUGGGAUCAUCUGCAAACUCCCACAUUGCUGAUUGUAGAAGUGGAACGCCCUGAUGCUAACACACACACACACACACACACACACACACACACACACACACACACACACACACACACACACUGAAUCCACGCCACCGGAUCUAUCAGGGAAAUGUUGAUGAUUCUGGAAAAAAAUAAACUACCAUUUGCCUAGUGGAUAUAUA